GAUGCGGCGAACAGUGGCAGUGGUACCGCGCCGCCAUUUUUCUUUUUUUUUUUUGGUUAAUCCAGAAACCCAUCCCCCUGGUUGAAGGAAACCAUCCGACUUUCAUUCACUCUGCACUGGGAAGCGGCCCGGCUGCGUGUGCGGCGGUUGAAACAUGGCCUCGCCAAGGACAAUAACCAUAGUGGCCCUUUCUUUUGCUCUGGGCUUAUUUUUCGUGUUCAUGGGAACGAUUAAACUCACUCCGAGACUAAGCAAAGAUGCCUACAGUGAAAUGAAAAGGGCGUACAAGAGCUAUGCCAAGGCGCUGCCAGGUCUGAAAAAGAUCGGCAUUAGCUCAGUUCUGCUUCGCAAGAUCAUUGGCUCCCUGGAGGUGGGCUGUGGAGUGGUGCUGACCCUGGUUCCAGGCCGGCCGAAGGAUGUGGCCAACUUCUUACUGCUGCUAGUCAUGCUAGCCGUGCUGUUCUUCCACCAGCUAGUAGGGGACCCCCUAAAGCGGUACGCCCACGCUCUAGUCUUUGGUAUUCUGCUUACCUGCCGGCUGCUCAUUGCCCGGCAGAGCGAUGACCGGCCCGAGCGGGAGGACACCAGGGAGGAGCUGCAAAUCAACGACCAGGAAAGGAACAAGGUCAAGCAGUCUUAAGGUUUUCAGCGGUAAAGGGGACCUAGUGCGUCUAUAUGGAUUGCAGUAAUGGAAAAUUAAAAGGAAACAUUCACUCCAAGUAAUAACCCUCCACAUACACAUCCUGUGUCGUUGUCCAGCUGGCUGACUGAUUACAUUCACCAAUUCCUCUGCACUUCUACUGUGAAACCAAGAACUCCUUUCCCUUGACUCCUCUUCAUACCCGUGGUCAAUCAUGCCUGAUUGAUCUCAACUUAUCGUCACGUCACAUCAGUCCAGUUUUCUGUUUAUUUGAGUCCUGCGGUUGUAUUAAAUGUUUGUGUUUUUACUUGAGUACAUAUUUUUAUUGUUCUGAGUUGAUUUGAGAAUGCUGUAUUUCAUCUGUCUUUGGAUAUAGUGUUUUCUAAUUUGUUUUUAUACUGUAAGUAGUUAGUAAAGACCUGUUAUAAAUCAAUUUAAGGCAUGCUUAUUUUGGUCAGGAUCACAUAAGCCAAAAAAGAAGAACUGUUGAAAACAUUUUGUACCACUGAUUCAUCAGCUUUUCAGAGCUGUGUCAAUACAAGGACAAAUUAUACAAAAUAAUGCAAAUGAUGAUUUACUGUUCAUUUCAUUAGAUAUUUCUGGAUGUUCACAUGAUAGCCUGUUAUAAAAUGAAAUAAUCUGAAUAUCCUCUUUCUUCUGCCAGGUCAGUCAUCUCAGUUAAAAGGUUUAAGGCAGCAGAUGCUGCCUCAGAUGUUUGCUGCUAACUUGUACAGCAGCAACUUAAUGAAAACAAAUAUAAUUUUGCUUGUUAGAAGUUGUAAUUUAUCCUUUGUAAUUCACUGUUGAAGUACUAAACUGGGUGAAUUUUUCAUAUUUGAGCAUUUCAGCUGCAGUUACAAAUCCUGUCAAUAUUUCUGUAAAUUAGGAACUUUAAAUAAAGAAUUGGAGGUAAGAGUGA